AUUUUACAUCAAGGUUUACUUUAAUUGAAUGUGAGUGUGCGUGCGUGCGUGCGUGCGUGUGUGCGUGUGUGUGUGUGUGUGUGUUGUUUUCUCAUACCUCUGCAAUGGGAGUGUGUAAUCUCUGACACACUUCUCCAGGUUGAUGAAUCAGUUAUCUCAGCAUUUUUCUGAUCCUCUUCUAAUGGCAUGAAGGUCAUACAUGCAUUUGCAGUCCGGGUUUAAGCAUGCACAGAGCUCUCCAGACACCAGGACUCUUCUGUUAUUGGUUCCACAAAUACCCUGUAUGCCUUUGUACAGUCUCAGAAAAGAGAGUAAUAAACUGUACGUUUCCUUGUCGCUGGGGUUGUAUCCUUCAUCUUUUAUACCUUAUGUAUCUUUUACAUUUUGGAAAUGUGGAUAUGUAGUAUACUUUAAAAAUGAUACAAGGUGCAAAAUUGAACCAUAAUUACCCUUCAGAGUAAAGUUUUAAAGGUAUACUACAUGCAUUUUAUUUCUAAGUAAAAGGUACAAAAUGUUCACCCUUCAGGUUACCACCUCAGUGAUGAGGAAAGGUACAGUUAAGGACAAAAGUUUACGUACACCUUUUACUAUUUUUUUUCUUUUCUUUUUAACACAUUUUGAGUUAUAACAGAGUUCCUGUGUUGUCAGGUAGUCUAUGUACUUUAUUUCUACAGGAGCUCAUUUCAAAAUAAUAGCUACUGUAAGAGAGCGAUUUAUUCCAGCUUUUAUUUACUAUAUCAGAUUUUCAUUCGGUCAAAAGUUUACAUACACUUUGUUAGUAUUUGGUGUUGUUGCCUUUUCGUUGCUCGAAUUUGAAUAAAGCUCGUUUUGUAUCCUUCCACAAGCUUCUCACAAUACUUCAGGUUUGCGUAGGAUCAUCGUCCUGCUGGAAGAUGCUGUUGCGACCAAGGUUUAACUUUCUGGCUUGUGUCUUGAGGUGUUGCUUCAGAAUUUGUAGAUAAUCCUCCUCCUUCAUAAUUCCAGCUAUUUUCUGAAGUGCCCAGUCCUUUAACAGCCUCACAACACGAUGCUACCACCUCCGUGCUUCACAGUUGGGAUGGUGGUCUUAGGAUUAAAAACCUCACUGUUAUUUCCAUAUAUAGCAUUGAUUAUUAUGGCAAGACAGUUCUUUUUUUUUUUUUUGUCACCCUGGUGAUCACUUGCAAACGUCAGUCUGGCGUUUUUUUUAUUCUGGCCUGGUAUUAAAAUGCCCUUCUUCCUUGUGCAACAGCCUGUCAGGACUUGUCAAUGUACCACUCUCUUAAUGGUUGAUAUACAUAGUUUGGUACUUUUGUUAAUUUGUGCUUCUUUAAUUAACAGUGCCAUGUCUGUAUGGUCCCAAGAUGUUAAAUAUUUGCAUACAGUUAUUUGUACAUCGCUCCUAAGGAAGUCGUGGCUGAGUAGCUUGGGUUUUCCCAUGGUGUCGAGGGCAACAAGGCACUGGCUCUAAAUUAAAGCCUGGGUUCAGUCCUAAUUAACUCGUAAUUAUAAACAAUUGGAAAAUCAAACGUCUGGAAGUCUAUACGUCAGUUUCUGAAACCUUCCAGAUUGUUUAAAGAGACCGUCAACUUGGUGUGUGUAAACUUACCAUCCAAUGGAAUUCUGAUCUAGUGAUUUAAAGCUGAAAUAAAUAAGUAUUUAACCGAAAUGACUGCCGAUAGGAGUACAGUAGAUCCCCUAAUCGACUUGCCAAAAGAAAUGUGUGGUAUCUUUAGCCUAGGUGUAGGUAAAGGUUUGGCCUCGUCAACAAUUUACUUAUGACAAGUCUUUAAUAUAGCAAUUGAAUUUUAAAAAAGAAAUCAUUGAAUAAAAAUAAUAACAUUAAGGGAAAACUAUUAUCAGCAUGGAAAACCAAAUUGAGAGUAUAUAAAUAUAUACACCAAUCACAACACCUUGACCUCUUUGUCAUGUUCCUCAAACCGUUCCUGAACAAUUCUUGCAGUUUGGCAGGGUGCAUUAUCCUGCUGAAAGAGGCCCCUGCCAUUAGGGAAUACAAUGUUUAGGUAAGUGGGACGUGUCAAAGUAACAUCCACAUGAAUGCCAGGACCCAAGGUUUCCCAGCAGAACAUUGCCCAGAGCAUCACACUGUCUCUGCCGGCUUGCCUUCUAUGUGAAUAGUGCUUCCUGGUGCCAUCUCUUCCCCAAGUAAGCGGCGCACACACACCCGACUGUCCACAUGACUCGUGGUUGUGGCUCAGGUGGUAGAGCGGGUUAUCCACUAAUCGUAGGGUUGGCGGUUCGAUUCCUGACCCACAUGCCAAAGUGUCCUUGGGCAAGACGCUGAACCUCAAGUUGCUCCCGAUGGCAACCUUGCGUGGUAGCUCUGCUAUCAUUGGUGUGUGUGUGUGUGCUAUAUAAGUGCAGAUCAUUUACUAUUUACCAUCACAUGAUUUAAAACAAACCUUCCUUGUCCCACAUUUAGUGAGUACUAACCACUGCAUACUGGGAACCACCCCCACAAGACCUGCCGUUUCGGAGAUGCUCUGAACCACUCAUCUAGCCAUCACAAAUGUGGCCCUUAUCGGAGUCGCUCGGGUUCUUAAUCUUCCCCAUUUUUCCUGCUUCCCAUAAACCUUUUCAACCUUUGAGAACUGUCUGUUCAUGUGCUGCCUAAUAUAUCCCACCCCUUGACAGGUGUAACAAGAUAAUCAAUGUUACUUACUUCACCUGUCAGUGGUUAUGUUAUGGCUCAUUGGUGUAUAUACAAAACCACUUGGCUUGCAUAGCUGUUGAAGUACUUUUAUCUGAAACAUCCUGGGCUGCUCUGGGGGUUUAUCUCUCUUUGUGUGUGUGUUGUGUGUUUUGGAAACCAGGCGAUGAAAGGCUUAGUGUGUGACUCAUUGAGUGUAAGCUUUGUGGCUCUCCACAACAGCCUGCACACUACAGAGCAGCAAAGACGCAUAUGACCGAUGACUACAAAAGAAUACUGCAGAAUGGGCAGUCUGGACGACGUUCCCUUUAAGGUUCCACUGGGUCCUCUGGAUGAGCCUCUGGGCAUGAUGGAGCCAUUCACUGCCCAAGAAAUCAUCAUCCCAGACUUCCACCAAACACUGCAUGACCUGCAGUAUGAUUUCUGUCUGGAGAACUGGGUUCUGAAUGGGUUCCCUGCUCCCUCUAAUAUGCAUGUUUUCAUUCCUGAGCAUGGUUGUGUGCUUCCGUCCUGCCCUCCAUACUGGCUUCUGUUUAGCAGCCCUCAGGAGAGGCGCUCUCUACACCUCUGCAGAAAGGGAUUAUGUGACAAAGGACAGCGACAGCGCAGCCUGAGCAUGAGCUCGGCGGACCUGCAGAGAUCCCACCUUCCCCGUACGCACUUCCUCGUUGACGACUCGGCGCACGACGCUGCAGGGUACAGCGAGGAUGACGAGUGCUCCUCCACUGAGGAAGAUCGAGGUUUUCGCUCUCGGAGCAGAGAAAGAGCCAGAUUUUCACUGCUUCACGAGGCUCAGAGGCCCGGGUCACCCCGAGCCCCGAUCCACACCCACAGGAACUCCACCAGCACUCUGAAGGAGAUGAGCAACCCACCGAGCCUGAGGUCUCCACGACCUCACAAAAAACACAUCUCUGGGUGCUCCUGUGGAAAACGAAGCAUCACCCCCCACAAACCACAUGUCACACACUCCAAGCUCCAGCCCAGACCCUCCUCAGCCGACCCGCAGCCCUCCACUCACCAACGCAAGUCUUCUCUGCAGGCUGCUCGUCCACGCACUUCUCAUGGAGAUCACCACCUGGUCUCAGACUCAUCAGUGGAGCUGCUGUAUGCUCUGAGCCAGGAAGAGAGAGAACUGGUGGAGAGCAUCACUGCUCAGGGAUACACACUCCGUUCUGCCAUCCUGGCUCUGCAGCGCGCUGGCACACGCAGUGCAGAGCAGAUUCUGAAUUAUCUGUUGGUGCGUGAUCGUCUUUGUGCACUGGGUUAUGAGAAAACUCAGGUGGAGGACGCUUUGGAGAUGUUUCAGAACUGUGAGAGCAAGGUGAGAAGCACACAAAUUACAGCGGGGGAAAUAAGUAUCGGACGUGUCAACAUGUUUUUCAGUAAAUAUAUUUCCAGUGAGGUUAUUCACAUGAAAUUUUCACCAGACUUCAGUACUAACUCAAGAAAUCUGGAAAUAUAACGAAUUCACAACACUAAAGUCCAUAAAUAAAGUUAUGUGUAAUAAAGUGGAGAAAAAUGCCGACGCGUUCAUUACUUAUUUCCCCCACUGUACGUGCUGGGGAUGCAUUUCAAAUCUUUACUUAUUCAUUUUUACUUUUGCGUGAGGUCUAGGAACUGAGAUGACUGUGGUGCAGUUCAUUGCUUAUAGUUCUCUGUGUAACUGAUGAUCCUGCUGCUUUCAGAUCAACCUGCAACUCGUCCUGCGUAAUAUAUUUGUGUCUAUAUUUUUACAUUCUGAACAUACACUGAAUUCUGAAUGGCACACUUAGGGAGAUGACGACAAUGACUAAGCGAUAACGUGCAUACUCGUGUUCAAGGGAAAAUAAUAAUAAUUUGCUAAAUUGUUUCAGUAACACAUGACCUUUAGCAAUGUUUUAAGUAAGUGUUCUGUCAUGAUGUAAUAGUACUUAUAGCACAGUAAGUUGUCAUUUGUUUGUAUUAUUCAUGUUAAGUGAAAGUGACUGAACUACGGCUACAAUGUAAGUGAUCGAUUUAACAGAUCUUACACAAUUCUAAACGUAACUAUAAACAGAUGUCGAAAAAAUAUGAUGCGUCAUUCUUUAAUAUAUAAAACUAUUUAAUUCUUGGCAAAUUGCUGUUGUACAAGAGCACUGUGGCUUAGUGGUUAGCACGUUCGCCUCACACCUCCAGGGUCGGGGGUUUGAGUCCCUGUGUGUGCGGAGUUUGUAUGUUCUCCCCGUGCUGCG